AUGAAAGACUUCACGGUUCGGUUGACAGAAGAUCUGGCUGUGCCCACAGUCUGUCUGUCUCAAGUGCAGCAGCUAGAAGCUUUUGCUCACCAACAAAAAGCUGUAGAACUGCAGACCAAACUCAGUUCAGUGCUACAGGACAAUGAAAACCACUGCCAGCACAUCACUGUCCUGGAAAAAGAGCUGGAAGGUUACAGCAUCCACAUGUACAGAGGCUCCGCAGGUCCGUGGCCUGGUGGGCAGUUUCCAUCCCCGAGUUGGUCUUACACCGGAGCUCCCUCCCCGUCAGGCAGACCCACCUACGGAAGCUUCGGGCCUCGCGGGGCUUCUCCCCGCGGCGGUCCCAGAUAUUCUCCGCAUUCUCCCGGGUACUUCCCGGGCUCGCACAGAGGAUUCAGCGAGGCCCCUCCAGCUAGACCUCGGUGGUUUGGAAACUCUCCGGCGGGUUUCGGCUUCAGAGGGAAGCAGCGACGCGGCAGCAACGGUUUCUGGGGUCCUCGUUCCUACAGCCCGGCCUCAGCACACGGCUUCCAGGGCCGAGCAUCCGAUCACUCAGACUCAAUAGAAAAGUAUUUCAGCCCGGCGAUGCUGCAGGAUCCAUGGGCAGGUAUGAAACCUGUCCCCGUCCCUGCGAACGCCUGUAACCGGACCGAGGACUGACUGGACGACUGCU